AUGGAGCUGGACGAGGCUUUCGGUUUGGUGGGGGAGUUCGGCCCUAGGCAGAGGCGCCUCACCGCUUUCCUGGUGCUGCUGCAGGUGUUCGUGGCCUUUCAGUCUAUGCUUAUUUUAAUAGUGGGAGCUGUGCCAGAAUAUUACAUCGAUCAGGAAGAGAUUCCAACAAGUACGGAAGCUCUUGCAAAGCAUGUCAGAUUUGCUAAUAACUUCACAUCUAUAGCAACAGAGUGGUAUUUAAUCAGACAUGAAGCCUAUAAGGUGAGCCUGGCAUCAUCCCUGUAUUUUGCUGGGUUACUCAUUGGAAAUAUAAUGUUUGGCCCAUUGUCAGAUAAACUGGGCAGGAAGCCUGUGUAUAUGUCAGGUCUCUUCUUCGACGUUAUUUUUGGGUAUAUCUCAGCAUUUGCACCAAGCUAUGAAAUUUUUGCAAUGUCACGCUUUAUUGUUGGGAUUACAAAUGGUGGUAUGUCUUUAGUGUCUUUUGUUUUGACACAAGAAUAUGUAGGAAAAUCAUUCUGGGCAUUGACAGGCUCGUUAACAAAUGUGACAUUCGCAGUUGGCAUAGCAGUUUAUGCUUUAUUGGGUUAUUGCAUAAGGGAGUGGCGCUUCCUGGCCUUCGUAUCAAAUUCUCCAGGACUUUUCUUUUUCCUUCUCUCUUUUAUGCUUCCAGAAUCACCAAGAUGGCUGUACUCUCAAGGCAGAACUGCAGAAGCAGAGGCAGUUCUGCAAUACAUAGCCCUUGGUAAUGGAAAAGAAAGAGUGACUGUGAAGCUGAAACAGUGCGGGGGAACAGUGAAAAAAGAUGACUCUGCAUCUGAUGUCCUAAAUCUAGUUCGAAACCCAGUGCUUCGUUGGCGCACUAUCAUCUUGAUGUACAUCUGGUAUGUGUGCAGCCUUGUAUAUUAUGGCUUAACACUGAACGCUGGUGAAUUAGGAGGGAAUCUGUAUCUAAAUGUGGCUCUGUAUGGCCUUGUAGAAGUUCCAGCAUUUCCACUCUGUAUGUUCUUCAUUGAGAAACCCUGGUCAGGAAGACGUAAAAGUACAACUGCUUUUUUGAUAUUUGCAGGCUUUGCUUGUAUGUUUACCACGUUCUUACCAGAGAAUACCGGUGAUAUUUUCUUCAGUCCUAGUCUCUUAGCCUUAUAUGGAAAAUUUGCUGUAAGUGCUGCCUUCAACAUCAUAUAUAUUUAUACUUCGGAACUCUAUCCAACAGUAGUGAGAAAUGCUGGUUUAGGUGUCUGUUCCAUGACUUGCAGACUGGGUGGCAUUUUGGCUCCAUUUGUUCCCUCUACAAAAGCUCUUGGUCCAUCGGUACCAUUUAUGAUCUUUGGCAUCUCUGGGUUGUCAGCGGGUUUCCUGACUCUUCUGCUUCCAGAAACGCUUAACAGACCUAUUGCAGAGACCAUUGAAGACUUGCAGACUCCUGCCUACCAAACGCUUAAAAACAAAAAGGCAGAGUAAAAAUGAUUUUUUUUUGUUUCUGAUUUUUAGAUAUAGUUGUUGUACUUACCAGAAUGGGGGCAAGACUUCUCAUUCAUUUGAAAUCUCUUCUUAGUUUU